CGCGCUUCCCGUGCACCUCGUGAUACAAGAUAGGUGAGGGAAGAAGUGGAUGCAAGCGAGGAAGCGAUCGCCCACCGCGCACAGCAUCCGUCGCCGCAGACUCGCUCACUCAAGCGCCCGCUCGCCCAUGGAGUCGUGGCGGAGGCGGACGCUGCUCAAGGUCAUCGUCCUCGGCGACAGCGGGGUCGGCAAGACGUCGUUGAUGAACCAAUAUGUGAACAAGAAGGUUAGCCAGCAGUACAAGGCGACGAUCGGAGCUGAUUUCCUCACCAAGGAGGUGCUCAUUGAAGAUAAGCUUUGUCACCUUGCAGGUGAUCCUCCUCUUGUGCGAACUUGGAUUCCUGCACGCUGCACUACUGAUAAGAGGAAACGAGCCAUGGCAGCUGUCGUCACAGUGUGUUGCUCUCCUCUGAUGCAGAUAUGGGACACGGCAGGGCAGGAGAGGUUCCAGAGCCUUGGCGUAGCGUUCUACCGGGGCGCAGAUUGCUGCGUGCUGGUUUAUGAUGUCAAUGUCAAGAGAAGCUUCAAUACACUCAGUACCUGGCAUGAUGAGUUCCUCAAUCAAGCAAGCCCAUCAGAUCCUAAACAUUUCCCGUUCAUUUUGGUUGGGAACAAGAUUGAUUUAGAUGGUGGAAACAAAAGAAUGGUUAGUUUCCUGAACGUGCAAACUUUCCAAUACAGACUUGAAAUACUCUGCAAUCGCUUUGUGGCCUCUGGCCUUUCCCACAGCUUUCUGAGAAGAAAGCAAGGGAAUGGUGUGCCUCCAAGGGCGAUAUCCCGUAUUUUGAAACCUCCGCAAAAGAGGACCACAAUGUUGACACCGCUUUUCUAUGCGUCGCCAAGCUCGCUUUGGCACAUGAGCAUGACCAAGACAUUUACUUCAAGACAGUUGCAGAACAAGUCCCGGUUACUGAACAGACAACCGGAUGUGCGUGCUAGAGGUAGCCAUUUCUUGGCACUACCAGACAGUUACUGUAUACAAUAAGCUCACGUACCUAGCGUCUGUAAGCUGUUUAACAAGCUUAUGUAGCCAUCCUUAAUUGUAAUUGCAGCCUUAGGGGGCUGUUAUAUUUGUCUGAUACGUAGAGUACAAAUGGGUGGAGGUGUUUGCUAGUUCAGUCUGCUUGCGUCUGCUCUCCAACAGGACAAUAAAAACCACACCCUUGCAGAAGAUCCUUCUGGCAAAAGACAUGUGUACCCGUCAAACUCUUCUGUUGUAAGUUGUAGCUUUUCAAACUUGUUGCUGCAGAUACAUGUAAACUACUAUACAGUACUAUUUGCUAUCCAUCCCUGGAAAUGUUCACUUCAAA